CAGUGAUCUGUCUGUGGGAGUUGCAGGGAGAGGGGAAGAAGGCAGGCGGCAUCAUGGCGGACAGAGACAGUGGAAGCGAGCAAGGAGGAGCGGCUAUGAGUUCCGGUGGAAGCUCGCUACACCCGGCCUCAGGAGUCGGGGGUUCGGCCCUGCAGCACGAAACCCAGGAGCUGGCCUCCAAGCGCGUAGACAUCCAGAACAAACGCUUCUAUUUGGACGUUAAGCAGAACGCUAAGGGCCGCUUCCUAAAGAUAGCCGAGGUCGGGGCUGGAGGCAAUAAGAGCCGGCUGACCCUGUCAAUGUCUGUGGCCGUGGAGUUCCGCGACUACUUGGGGGAUUUUAUCGAACAUUACGCCCAAUUGGGACCUAGUAACCCGGACAUGGCGCAGGACGAGCCCCGGCGAGCGCUAAAGAGCGAGUUCCUGGUGCGGGAGAACCGAAAGUACUACAUGGAUCUGAAAGAGAACCAGAGAGGCCGAUUCCUGAGAAUCCGUCAGACGGUUAACCGCGGCCCGGGCUUGGGCUCCACACAGGGUCAAACCAUCGCUCUUCCAGCGCAAGGACUGAUCGAGUUCCGCGAUGCUCUGGCAAAGCUUAUCGACGAUUACGGUGUGGAGGAGGAGCCCGCUGAAUUACCUGAGGGCACUUCCUUAACUGUGGACAACAAGCGCUUCUUCUUCGAUGUGGGCUCCAAUAAGUAUGGGGUGUUCAUGCGGGUGAGCGAGGUGAAGCCCACCUAUCGCAACUCUAUCACCGUCCCAUACAAAGUGUGGGCCAAAUUCGGGCAUACUUUCUGCAAAUACGCCGAGGAAAUGAAGAAGAUCCAGGAGAAACAGAGAGAAAAACGAGCUUCUGAGCAUCAGCAACAACAAGAAGAAGCCCAUGGAGACGAUGGAGAGGAUGAUUGAUAACUGUAUUAAAUAAUAAUCUCUUUAAACAAAAAAAAUAAACUGUAAUGGAAAAAAAAAAAAGUAAAAAUUAAAAUAAAUAUAUAACUGUUAACUCCAAGGGAGCACCACCCACAAAAACCUCCACAAACUGACAGAUUUUUUUUGACUUGUCACUCCCAUCGCUGGAUGUUGUCCACUUAUCCACCAUAUAAACAGUAAGCAGCUGCUAAAACAAAAAAAAGUAAUAACAUUAUAUAUUGAACUGUGUUUCCUACUUGAUUAAAAUAUAAAGGAUUGAGUGUUUAUUUCCCUAAUUAACCAAGAACUUUUGUACACCUGCUAUUAUUAUUAUUAUUAAGUGUUUGCAAUGGUCAGAUUAUAAAAUUAAAAUACUGAAUUAUAUUAAAAAAAAAAAAAAGGUCCUUUUCAUGUGAGCUAACAUUUGACUUUAGCACAAAGAGAUAUUUUAGAACACGUAAAUAUUUUUAGUUUUCUCAUUUUGUUACCAAAUUUCAAACCUUACAUGGAGGUUGUUUAGACUAUAUUGACACCUUAUAUACCUGUGAUUAGAGAUGUGUAUAUAUGAGGGCUAGGCAUGCUGUGUGUCUGAGCUUUGUCUAAAUGUAAUACAAAGGUUUGUAGAGUUAAAGGUACAUAGGUUAAUUCUUCAUGCAAGGUAAAUAAGUGCUCUCUUUUUUACAAUAUGCAUUGCAUCUGGACCUAGAGCAUAAAUGGUCAGUGAAACUUAUGUGAACAUGAAACAAAAAUUAUUAAAAAAGAACAUUUUAAAUUAAAAA